AUGCCAUUGACCGGAGCUGAACGCAAUCGUUUGUACAGACAGAAACUUAGAGAGGACCCUGAACGUUAUGCCGAAUAUUUACGAAAAGAGAGACAGAGAUAUGCAAAGCGUAAAGAGAGUGGUGAAAUAAAAACGAUCGACGAGCUUUCUGCAAGAGGUCAGCGAGUGCAAAGAAAAAGAUGGCGACACCGGAAAAGGAGAGAAAGGUCACGAAAACAAAAUCCCGUACAAGAGUCGACAUCAGAACUAACACCUCCUCCAACACCGUCCCCAUUCCCUAUAGUUAUGAGAGAUUCUGAAAACCGCAGAAAUGUAGGCCGAAAGAAAGUUAAAAGGGAACGGGCUAAAGCCUAUAGGAAGAUCUCACAGCUUGAAAAUGAACUUAGAAUGCAGAAACGUGUGAAUGAAAGACUACGAAAGAGGCUGUAUCGUGCUAAGAAAAACAGUAGUGAAGCCACGCCCAUCAAGAAAACUAAGAGCAUGCUUUCUGGACAGAGAGUUGAUAGAAAUACGAAGAGGUUCCUGUUGUUCCAUAAUGUGCUAGUUGAUAGUUUAAAAAAACGUUAUAAACAGAUGAAAAAUGAAAAGCAAAAACAACUUUUUGCUAAAGUUGUUAUAAGUAACACGCUGAAAAAGUACCGCCUACAAAAUAUGGCAAAAGAGGCUUUGGAAAUGAGUAACAGGCGUUUAUGCUACAAAGACAAAGAGUUCAUAUACACACAAAGGAUACAAAAGAACAAACUGAUUAAGGUUAUGUCUGACAGGGUGUCUAACUUCCUCACCAGAGAUGAUAACAGCAGAAUAAAAGCAGGGAAAAAGGCCACCUGUACAAAAAAGAAAGAGAAACGCCAAAUCAGAUUACUAACAGACACGUUGAAAAAUCUGUAUCUUAAGUUUGUGUCAGAAAAUGUUGAUCGACCAAUGUCUUAUUCCAUGUUUUGCAGGUUACGUCCGUUUUACGUUCGAUUUCCUAGAGCUUCGGACCGAGAAACUUGCCUAUGCAAGCGUCAUGAAAAUCUGAAAUUUAAAGCUGAUAAACUGAAAGACCUGAAUGUGUUGAACAACCGUGAUUUGAUGGAAAUUGCCAAAGAUAUUGUUUGUAGCACAAGUAAUAAAGAAUGCAUGUACCGGACAUGUAAACAUUGCAAAGGUGCUAAAAUAAGAUUUCAGACAGAUCAUAUUGAUACUGGAGACUUUGUUAACUAUUGUGAGUGGAAGACACAACGUAUACAUGCAAAUUCAGAUGAGAGUGGUGACAAAGUUAAGACUGUAACAGUUAAAGCCAAAGAGAAGGCAACAAUUGAAAAUUUAAUGGAAGAAUUGGAGUCGGAAAUGAACAAGUGCUGUGCUCACUUCUUUAAUAUACAACACCAAUAUAGAUCUGUUACAGAGCUGAAGAAGAGGCUGACAGAAAAGGAUGUACUGAUACAUAUAGAUUUUUCCGAAAACUACACAUGUAAAUACGAGUCAGAAGUCCAAUCAUGUCACUUUGGAGCCUCUCAGCGCCAAAUUUCCCUCCAUACCGGUGUCAUAUACACAAAAGAUGAAACGGUACCCUUCUGCUCAAUGAGCGAUUGUCUAAAGCAUAACCCUGCAGGUAUAUGGGGACAUCUUAAACCAGUUUUGGAACAUGUGAAGGAGAAUAUUCCAACUGUAAAGCAUCUGUACUUCUUGAGCGACGGGCCAUCCACCCAGUACAAAAAUAAAGAAAACUUUUUCCUCUUGUCUACUUACCCAUUUGAAAUGCAUUUUUCAGCUGUUAACUGGAGCUACACGGAGGCAGGCCACGGGAAAGGGGCGCCAGAUGGCGUCGGUGCGACGGUGAAACGGGAGGCAGACAGACUGGUUUCUCACGGUCAUGAUAUUAUUGAUGCAGACACAUUGUAUCAGAAACUUACUGAUGGCAUGAUUGGCCUUAAGUUAUUUCUUGUGAAGGAAAGAGAUAUUAGCCUUGUGGAAGACAGUAUCAAGGCACAUAAACUGAGAACCAUUCCAGGAACGAUGAAAAUACACCAGAUCUUCUCAGCAAGCCCCCAGACUGUAUCGUUUCGUGACGUCAGCUGUUUCUGCAAAGUGCCACAUCCCUGCCAAUGUUUCUCGCCACAAACAUCAACCAUCUCUUCUGCAGGAGAAAACCUUCGCUCGGAGCAGGCGCAGUGCCAAGAUAUCUCGUCAUUUCCCGAUGAGGGGACAGUGGAAUUUAAAGGGAUACUUGAUAUUGACAGGAAGCACAUUGGUCAGUAUUGUGUGGUGUCAUAUGAUGGCCAGCCAUACCCUGGAAUCAUUCAAGAUGUUGACUCAACGGACAUUGAAGUAAAUGUGAUGCAUUCCGUCGGCGAGAAUCGCUUUUUCUGGCCACGCAGUGAUGACGUUCUGUGGUACGACUGUGAAAAUUUCAUAACCUUGAUAUCACCACCGAGAAAGGUGACUCGGCACUUUGAAAUUCAGAAAGAUAUGUGGAAGAAAAUUAAAGGCUAUCUGAACUUAUGAGAUAGAUAUACUUGUCACCUGACAAGACACUGUAAUGCAUUUUCAGGGUUUUCGCACUAUAUGAAGUUUUGUGUCAGGAUGUACAGUGUAAGCUUUAAAUGCGAUCAAAGUGUGGAUAUAGUGUUAACGCCUGGCUUUGGUUUUAUCUUAUGAUUGUUGAUAGUUAACUUUUAUUGUGUUUCAAUGUGAAUUCCUUUUUCUCAGUAUUGCUGUUGGAAUAAGCAAAAUAUCAGAGUAGCCUUACAUAGCAAUGGUGUACAGUCAUUGAAAGGGCUGUUGAAAUGUUUUAUCUGUUCAAAGUCAGUGACAGUUUAUCAAUAACAGUUAUGUUUUUGUGUUUUGUCGUUGUUGUUUUUUUUUGUCAGUACGUGAUGUUGGUCUUGGUCAGUCAGCAUUUCAGAGAAUUUUAGAGAGUUGUCACACUGGAAUUUUUAUACACUACUAAGUUUAUGUGCAACAAAUCGUGUGAACACGUAAAUAUAUGAAUUGAGAAAUGACCAAGAUAUCAUGUUACCAAGUAAAAGAACAUUUCAAAGAUGUGUUUAAUUAUCGGAAACGGAAUAGUUUAUGAAUAAAUGGUUCGAAUAUAACUUUCUUAACUUUUGGUCACUUCCGUAACGACCGUGUCACAACCAACACACUUUGUCACUACCGUGACAUUGACAAUUUUGUCCUUUAUAUAGCUAAAUAAAGUGGUUAGGAUUGGCCCAUUUAUUUCAUCUUCGUGAUUAUGAUUAUAUUUCUCAGAACUGAUCAGAGAAAAGCAUUUUAAAAUGAAACCUAACCGUCUAGAAUUAACGACUGUGACAUAAUAUGGGCUAUCUUUUGUUCCUUAAGAUUUACAACUUCACUAUGCAAAUAUAUUAUGUCAAUCUAAAACAUAAAGAUAUUUAUUUCGUUGUUCAUAAUUAUAUACCAGAUAUUACGCAAAAUAAAAACAUAUUUAUGUGAUUUUUAACACGGAAACGCUUAAUUUUAGCUAUGUCACGGAAGUGACAUAGUUAGAUAGACUAGUAUCAAAACUAGAUUAAAACAGAGAGACACAGCUUAUUGUUAUUAUUCCAAACGUCAAAUUAAGGAACAGUGAUAUUUUAUCUUUACAUAAAGCACAAACUUUAUUACAAAAAAUGUAUUUUUUAUUUUGGUAUAAGGAUUCCCCAAAAUUCUCGUUUUAUGUAGAA